UAUCACUAUCCCAUCUCAAAAGCACUUGCUUUUGGCUCUCACUUCUCUAGAGAAAGAAACGUACAUCACUAGACAAAAAGAGCUUAGCAAGAUGGCAGUAGCACAAUUUAGCCAAUUUUGGUUCCAUCUCAUGAUCAUCCUCCUCUCCAUCUCCAUUUCUUAUAUUUCUGGAGCUGAACUAAAUUGUGUGUACUCAGCUUACGUUCGGACAGGGCAAUUCGCAGGGGCUGGAACUGACUCAAAAAUUACCUUAACUCUCUAUGAUGCUUGUGGUCAUGGAAUUAGAAUCAACAACCUGGAGGCGUGGGGUGGGCUAAUGGGCCAAGGUUACGACUACUUUGAAAGGGAUAGUUUGGACAUGUUUAGUGGACGUGGUCCGUGUUUAAAUGGUCCGAUCUGCAAAAUGAACUUGACUUCUGAUGGUACAGGUUCAAGCCAUGGAUGGUACUGUAACUACGUUGAAGUAACCUCGACAGCAGACCAUAAAAGAUGUAGCCAACAGUUAUUUAAAAUGGAACAGUGGCUUAGUGCCAGUACUUUCCCUGAUGGGCUAACGGCCACCAGGAAUAACUGUAGGCGUAUGUCUGAUGAGCAACAGUCUGUUUAUGAUUUUGAAUCCAAUCCUGUUGUUAAUGUAAUUUAAUUCGUUUAUUGGGCUUUAAUUAGUGGCAGAUCUUUGAAUUUCUUUUUCCUCUUUUUGUUGAUUUAAUUCUGAUGUAUAAUAUGUGACCGUUAAAGCCAUUAGGCCAAGGCAUGAUGUGUACUGUCGGGCGACAUUGUGGAAAUAACGAAUUCGUCCACUCUUUUCCUUUU